GGACUUUCAGCUAAUUGGUGGUCUUUGCACCAUUCCCAGCAUCAUGCUAAACCCAACUGUUUCCAGAAGGACCCAGAUGUUUCAUUUCAUCCCAUUAUUUUGUCAUUAGGGGAACCUCUUUCUUUGGAGUUGGGUUUGCAGAAAAAGAAACAUAUGCCUUAUAACUAUCAGCACAAGUAUUUUUUCUUCACAUUGCCACUGAUUGUAGUGCCAACUUUUCAAGUUUACUCGUUGUACUUUAUACUCCAACGCAAACUCUGGAGGGAAAUAGCAUGGACCGUGGCAUAUUUUAUCAGAUUCUUUAUUGCCUUCAACCCCAUAUUGGGAUUCAAGGGUGUUUUGGGAUACCUCCUUCUUUUAAAUGUUCUUGAGAGUAUCCUAUUUACAUGGAUAUCGCAGAUGAGUCAUAUUCCUAUGCACAUUGAUCGUGAUAAAAACAUGGAUUGGUUCUCUACACAGCUUCAGGCAACAUGCAAUGUGAAUCAAUCUUUUUUCAACGACUGGGUAACAGGGCACCUGAAUUUUCAAAUUGAGCACCAUCUCUUCCCUACGAUGCCCCGGCACAACUUUUGGAAAGUGGCUCCUUUGGUGAAAUCCAUGUGUGCCAAACAUGGUAUUGAAUAUCAAUCAAAACCCCUCUUCACUGGCUUUACUGACAUUGUGCAGUAAGUAUCAGAUUGCAAAGAUAUCAAGUCAGAGGAGGGGUUGGGGAUCUAAGAAACAUACAAUAUAGAAAGGUUAGCCAAACAGCAAAUCAAAUGAAGGAUCUGCAUGGUUUUGCUCUUCAGGACACGGGAAAG